UGCUGAUCCAGAAGGAAGUGACGACAAAAGCGGCCACCACAAAAUGUUCGUUCGCAUCCCCUGAAAUUAUUUUCGAGGCAACGUUAUACAGAUGCUGACAGACUUGGGUGGGGCUGUUUUGGAUGACACGCAGUGAAACAACAGAAGAUAUUCUCAGGAUAUAGCUAUCUACUCAACCUAGGGAUUCAGAACACAAUGACCAAGCCCGACUCGAAGAGGAGCAGCGUGGCUCUUGUCACUGGCAAACCUGCCAAUGCUGCAGAGGAGCAGGUCAAUAAUGGCUCAUCUGACCCUUCAGUGUCCAGUUCUCCCCACCACGCAUUGACCCCGGCGACUCCAACUAAACACAAAUCUGCUAAACAAGUCUCCCGAGACAACCUUUCUAGACGAAACACGGAGUCUGAAGUAUUCGACGAUGGAACCAACACCUUUUUCUGGAGAGCACAUACAGUCACUGUGCUUUUCAUUCUCACGUGUGUGUUGGUCUAUGUCACUCUGUUGGAGGAGACACCCCAGGAUACGACGUACAACACGAAAAGAGGGAUUGUGGCCAGCAUCCUAGUGUUCCUCUGCUUUGGCGUGACACAAGCCAAAGAUGGCCCAUUCACCAGACCACAUCCAGCAUACUGGCGCUUCUGGCUAUGUGUCUCCGUUGUCUACGAGCUAUUCCUUAUCUUUGUGCUGUUCCAGACGGUCCGUGAUGGGAGACAGUUUAUGAAGUACAUUGACCCCAAACUGGGGGUAGCCCUGCCGGAGAGGGACUAUGGCGGCAACUGCCUCAUAUACGACCCGGGGAACACCACCGACCCCUGGCAUAACAUCUGGGACAAGAUGGAUGGCUUUGUCCCCGCUCACUUUCUUGGCUGGUAUAUUAAGACACUUGUGAUCAGAGACUGGUGGAUGUGUAUGAUCAUCAGCGUGAUGUUCGAGUUCCUGGAGUACAGUCUGGAGCACCAGCUUCCCAACUUCUCUGAGUGCUGGUGGGACCAUUGGAUAAUGGAUGUGCUGGUGUGUAAUGGCCUGGGGAUCUACGCUGGGAUGAAGACCUUAGGCUGGCUGUCUAUGAAGCCCUACCAGUGGCAGGGACUGUGGAACAUCCCCACAUACAAGGGGAAGAUCAAGCGCAUGGCCUUCCAGUUCACACCUUACAGCUGGGUCAAGUUUGAGUGGAAGCCUGCUUCCAACCUACGCAGGUGGCUGGCUGUCCUGGGAAUCAUCUUCAUGUUCCUGCUGGCGGAGCUGAACACCUUCUACCUGAAGUUUGUGCUGUGGAUGCCUCCGGAGCACUACCUGGUGUUGCUUCGCCUCGUCUUCUUUGUUAAUGUGGGCGGAGUGGCCAUGAGGGAGAUCUACGACUUCAUGGACGACCCCAAGUUCUAUAGGAAGCUGGGGCAGCAGGCGUGGCUGGUGGCGGCCAUCACUGUGACCGAGUUCCUCAUCGUAGUCAAAUACGACCCCAGGACCAUCAUGCUGCCCAUCCCCUUCUUCGUCACCCAAUGCUGGUUCCUGGGCAUCGUCCUCAUCCUCAGCUGGACAUUGUGGCGCUUCUUCAUCCGUGACAUCACUCUCCGCUACAAAGACGCUCGCCGACGGAAGCAGGAGGUCACAGGGGACUGCGGCCGUCCCCAUGGCAACGGUGGCACGGCAACCCCGUCGGGACGCAGCAAACUCAACGGCAUCUCCGAGUCUCUCCGACACAGGAAGUCCUGAGAGGCGGAGCCUGCCGCUGGUAGGGGGUGGGGAAAGGGACAAAAAAAAAGAGCCGCAAAGCGCUGCAGCACCAUACACACACGCAGGGCACCUGGAUCACAAGUGUAGAGGUGUGUCUGGGGGAAGGGGGAUGUUGUUCUUGUGCCUACCUGAACAGUGUCAUAGUCAUUCCUGUGCUGGCUUUUCACUGUUAACACUAAUCACAGAACAAAACACCGAACAGGGAUUGUGGUGUCAGCUAGCUAUCCCAUACUACAGGGAUUUACCUCAUGUACGUUCAUUGUGUAAUCGUGCUGGGAACUUUACGGGGGCAAUUUUAUUAUUCUGUUAUGUUGAAAUUUAAUUGGGUCCAAAAAACUUUUUUUUUUUUUU